CAGAGUUUUCAAACUCACAGUUGAUUCAUACUGUGUGGAGUGUGAACCAGAUCAGAGGACGCAACCAAAAGCUAGACACUAGAUUGAAAAAUGGGAGGUUGUGCGUCUAAGGAAAAUGCUAAAAAACACACACAGGACGAUGAUACGGGAAGAGCCACCAUGGUCGAUGCCCAAGUCUUGGAAAAACUUGAAUCUGGAUUCAAAAAACUGAAGGAAUCCGACUCAAAAUCGCUUUUGAAGAAACAUUUGACGCAAGAAAUCUUUGAUCAACUGAAAGUCAAGAAAACACCUACUUUUGGAUCUACACUCCUUGAUGUAAUCCAGUCUGGUUUGGAAAAUCACGACUCUGGAGUUGGUAUCUAUGCCCCCGACGCAGAAGCUUACACCGUCUUUGCCGACUUAUUCGACCCCAUCAUCGAAGACUACCAUGGUGGAUUCAAGAAAACCGACAAGCAUCCCCCAAAGAACUGGGGAGAUGUCAGCGUUUUUGGAAAUCUAGACCCUGCUGGUGAAUUCAUUGUUUCCACCCGUGUGAGAUGUGGACGCUCCAUGGAAGGAUACCCAUUCAACCCCUGUUUGACCGAAGAACAAUACAAAGAAAUGGAACAGAAAGUUUCCAGCACUCUUUCAGGACUGGAAGGUGAACUCAAGGGCACAUUCUACCCCUUGACCGGCAUGAGCAAAGAGGUCCAACAGAAACUCAUCGACGACCACUUCUUGUUCAAAGAGGGCGACCGCUUCUUGCAGGCAGCCAACGCAUGCCGCUUCUGGCCCAGCGGCCGUGGCAUCUUCCACAACGACGCCAAAACCUUCUUGGUGUGGUGCAACGAAGAAGAUCAUCUCCGCAUCAUCUCCAUGCAAAUGGGCGGGGACCUGGGUACCGUCUACAGGCGUCUCGUCACAGCCGUCAACGACAUCGAGAAACGUAUUCCAUUUUCCCACAAUGACAGACUCGGUUUCCUGACUUUCUGCCCAACCAACUUGGGCACCACGGUCCGCGCGUCGGUGCAUAUCAAGGUCCCCAAACUGGCCGCCAACAAGGCCAAACUGGAGGAGAUCGCCGGCAAGUACAACCUCCAGGUACGUGGAACCCGAGGAGAACACACCGAGGCAGAAGGAGGAGUUUACGACAUUUCCAACAAGAGGCGCAUGGGCCUCACAGAGUUCGACGCUGUCAAGGAGAUGUACGACGGUAUCGCAGAACUCAUCAAAAUCGAGAAGGAGUUGUAAACCCCGUACAUUCUUUAUCAUUCGUGAUUUAUUACUUAUAAGCAAUGGUAUGAGUAUUUACCAUCUGUAAUUAUUUUUUGGUUGAGUAUCUCGUUUGCCAAAAGGAUUCUCAGAAAUUGCUUUCAGGCACUACUUACCUACUGUAGGUUCUGAGACGUUCUCAAGUCUGAACUUGAGUUAAUGUAACAAGCUUCUAGUCGAUAUUGUUUUCAAAACAAAAUUUUAGUCACAAUUCCUACCAAACAUUGGAUUUUAAUUUGGUUGUUUUUGUUAUUUAUUUUUAUUGUACCUGUGAGAUAUAAGUAUUAUUAAAGAAAAUCACAUAUGAUGCGAAGAUUUAUUACAGAUAUUUAAUAAAAAGACGUCCAGUGUACGCAUCUGAAUAAUU